AUGUUUGCUCCUGUGGCUCUUCUUGCCUCGCUUGCCGUCGUCACUGCUUUGACCAAUGUUGACGUGACGGUUAGAGUGAAGCAGACUCGGACGGUUACAGUCUGUCCGUAUCCUACCGAAUUCGUGACCUGUAAUGACGACGGUCAAGGUUGGACGAACCUGAAUGAUCCAAACUUACCGCCUGGUGACAGGUGGGGUGACUGGCAUGGAGGCCAUGACUCUCCAAGUGGACCAGCGGGCAACGGCGGCCAUCGAGGAGGGCCAGGGGGGAACACUGGAGCUCCUGGGGCCGUUCAUACCGGAAUUCCCACGGACGGUUCUGUCAUAUGGGCAGAUUGGAGCAAUAGCACUAGGACAGGGGGCGAUAGCGGUCAUGAUCAUGGUGACGGCUCUGGAAAAGGCAAUGGAAACAGCGGCGACGACGGCGACCAUGCCAAAUGGGCCAGCGGUGGUUCUGGGAACAUUCUGCAAAGUUCAAGACCAUCACCUACACAUGUUAAAACACACAACCACUCCUCAACAUCUUCGAGCACUCGCGGUCAUUCACACAAGUCGUCAAAAACCUCAAGCCCGGUUUCUGCCGCGCCAACAGCGGAUCCAACCUCUGGUACAGCUUCCUCCGUACUGGUCUCCGGUGCCGGUGACCCAACCACAGCCGGCGUAAAUGCUUCCACGACAGGAUCUCCAUUCGGUUCUACGACAGCCCAAUCUGAUCCGCCUGCUGCUGGUGCCUCAAGUUCAGGUCCUCCAGGUCAGACUGGCUCCGCAACGUCGCAGUCUGAUCCGUCUGCUGCAGAUGCCUCAAGCUCGGGUGCUUCACCACCAACUGGGUCUUCGACAUCGCAAGAAAUCCCAUCUGGUGGAGUUGUCUCAAAUGCUGGGACACAGGGAUCAACGGGCUCUACAACAUCACAACCAGGUUCAUCCGGCAACCCUGGAUCCACCGCAUCUAAAACCCCACAGCCUGGUCCAGCCAGCGGAAGCAGUACUUCAGGUGCCCCAGUGCUGCGAGCCUCGUCGACAUCACCAUCGACGCAAGCUGCUGGAGAUCCCACCCCGCACGGAGCCAACACGGUCCCAUCAUCGACAACCGUGGCACCAAAUGGAGCAUUGUCAACAUCUUUGGCCUCUUCGACAAUUGCUGCAGCACUUACAGCAGACGCAGUGCCAAGUCGCACACCGGGUGACGGCAGUUUUUUGAUUUCUCUAUCAAGCAAUGUACAGAAGCACAAGCGCCAGAGCGCUACAAGCUACCUCGGCUUUUCAGGGACUGAGGCCAUUGCUGUUACUGAUGCAAGCAAGGCCUGGCCACUGCUUUUCAACCCUCAAACCCAAGUCCUCGGAUUUAGCGGACAAUCCGGCUAUAUGGGUUUUGACAGCAACACAUUGACGGAGCCGAUACGCAAGACCAGCGAUGAUGGCACAUAUGCUCCAGCCUUCUUUGCCGGGUGGAGUCUCGAUACAAAGACUGAUGCUAUUGGAUUUGGGGGCGCUCAAUUUUGUAUCUUCACAGAUACAACGGUCUUCACCUACUGGGACGGGGUCGUACCUGAUAACUGCACUCCUGUUACGCUUGUCGAGACAGACGUUAACACCAUCGUAUCUUCAACAGCUGCUAAUGUGGUCGGCACCACUAGCACCAACGCAGCUUUAGAUGGAACAAGUCAGGCUCCAGCAACAAUUAACAGUCCUUCUGGCGGUGUCGCUCCGUCAGCGACCUCAACGACUACUUCGGUUUCGGUUUUGGGUGGCGGUGCUCCUCUCUCGGUCUCGAGCAGCACAACGACAAUUGGCACUCCUGGCUCGAGUGCCGAUCAUACAGCUGGAUCAGCAACAACCUCGAACUCUCCUCUUGUUGCCGUUGGAUCGCGUCCGUCGACAACAGUUACAGCGCAGACGAGCUUGACCACGUCGAAUUCUGCUGUUAUCGAUCCUCCAUCUAGCACAGCAACAGCCACUCCUCUAUCAAGCACAGCCUCUGAUCCAACUACUACUACGCCAGCAUCAUCUACCAACCCCUCCGGCGAUCUAGACCCUUCUGGUUCUACUACAUCUAGUCCGGCAACUAUAACUUCUGCCGCGCCAGCUGACCCCUCCACUAUAUCCACCAGCAUCUCUACCACCGCGACUACUCUUUCAAGCGAUACGCCAUGCAGCGUUGAAGCGAACCCGACUUUCUCGCUCAUUAGCUCCGGCAGCAGCGUGAUUCCUGAUGGUCAGCCAGCCAUUUCUGUUCCUAGCGGUACACCCUCUUACCCUUGGGACUAUAUUGGAUUUUCUUCUGGCACACCAGCGCUGUUCACCUUCGACUCUCAGGGCAACCUCAUCGAAGCGAACUCUGGCAAUAUUGGUAGCAUCCCGACAAUAGGUCAGAGCCUGGUUUCUUUCCUAUUUGUGCCACCGGGCAUAAUGAAUGCUCUUGAUAUGACGGCAGCGUCGUGUGCCUUGGUUUGCCCAGAUACAGGUACCGGCUUGCCUACCCUGCAAUGCAGCGCUCUGGGUUACUCAAGCGCUUUCGGCGGAUCAGCCCCCCAAACCUUCACACUCUUUGGGAUCGUGAACACUUUCCCAUACUUGAGCAUUUCGGACGCUGCGCCUUCCAAUGGUUCCUUAAUGAGUCUCGAGGCUGUGAUCGUCUCGCAAGAUGCUAGUCCUUCGAGCACUUUCACCUCUUCUGCGUCUAGGUCUACAAGCUCUAACAUUGAAACAACAACCACACCGUCCGCUGAUCCAACCGCCUCCACCGUGAACACCGUUACUGCUUCCCUCAGUCUUAUCUUAACAACGUCUGGUUCCACAGUCACUUCGUCGACCACAACAAUCGACCCUCCUUUCGGGCUGUCUUUUACCAGCGCCUCAAAUUUGCUUUCAACUACAACAUUAGAUCCGGUCUCCGCCACAGCUUCAAGCACCCUAUCUACCACCUCUUUGGACCCAGCCUUAGCCACAACGGCCCUAUUCUUGACCACGGGCUCGACGACGUCUUCUGAUCUAGUUUCCACGACGUUGUCGACUAUGUCGGACCCUGUUCCGACAUCAUCUUCCGAUUCACCCUUCACCACGUCAACUUCAGGGUCAGUUGUUGCGACUAUCAAUACCAUCCUGUCUACGACAUCUUCGGAUCCCGUAGAUUCAACCAUAACGUCCUCCGAUGCCCUCACAUCGACAACCACAAGUUUCGGUAUUUCGACAACCAUAACUGCAUUUAAUUUUGCUGAUUUAGGUGAUCCUACAACAUCGUUUUCGUUCUCCUUCACGUCUGCCACUUCAAGUUCGGACUCUGGCACAUUCACAACGCCCACUACGUCUUUCACCAGCGCGGAUCCAGCCACAACGAGCUCUCUCGCGUCCACGACUACUAUCUCGUCUAGCUCCGUCGACCCCGUGGCUGACCCUACAUCUGCCACAUCGACUAGCUCGAUUAGCUCGCCCAUUGACUCUAUCACGCAGACACUAACUACAACAUCUACUAUUGGGUUCUCAGUGUCGAAAACGUCAACUCUAUCCACAGCGGCAUCAACAACUAGCUUCUCAGACCCACUCGAUGAUCCUUCGUCCGCUGCAGCUCCGAGUUCUGCAUUGGGUACAAGUACAACUUCAUAUGUAGCUGCGAUAGACCCUACAUCCAGCGCAUCGUCCGACUUCACGUCUUUGGAACUUACAACUACGUCGUCUAGCGCCGUAAAUUUCACAACAACCCCUAUACCCACAACCACCGCCUCAUUCCUGGCGUUUGAUGGUGAAGCAGACCCGACCACUACCUCUUCGGGCGCCGGGACCUCUACAGCUACGUCGGCGGUCACAAUCACUACGUCAUCGGAUUUGGCCAAUUUCGUGGACAUCAUCACAACGUCGUCGAUUGUUGUUGCGUCAAGCACUUCCUCGAAUGCGGCCACCACAUCAUCUGAUUCUACCACGGUUUCGGCAGAUAUGUCAAGCUCUACUACGCCUUCGGUGAGCUCAACGCCUACCACAACAGCGCCAUCGUCAUCAGAUCCUACAGAUGUCGAAGCAAACCCAACCUCCACAAGCUCUGCAACUAGAUCGACCACCACAGCUGUUUCUCCAGACCCAACAACAACUACGACGUCAAAUAUUGUGCUCGCUGCAUCAGAGACUGCUACCCCAGGCCAAGCCACAACAUCAUCCCUUGACGAUAACUCGCCGACUCCGCCUCCAACAACUACCUCGUCAGACGUCGAUGAGGAUCCGACGCCAAGACCAACGAGCUCUAGCAUCACAUCGAGUUUCUCGAGCACUCCAACAAGUAACCCAGAUGCUGGAUCUAAUGGUGGAGGCGGCCUCAGGAGGCGGAGAUUGAACCAAAUGCUGGAGAGGAACUAG